AUUUGUGAAUUUUCAAUUUGGUUAUGAAAUUCACCAGAGUAGUGGUUUUGGACUUGUUGUUUUCAAAGUUCUUCUUCACCUAAUAUGAAUUUUGAAUUUCUCGUGCUUUGCAUUUUUUUUUUUACUGCGUAGUGAAAUUGCUUGAUGUUUAUUUAUGGUUGUAUUUUGUAUUUCCGUGUUAAAUUUGGUUGUAUGUAGGUUUGCGUUCAAGACUUCAAGGGGCUUUUUACGUGUUUAAUAUCCUCAAGUUGAUCAAGCGACUUCAGGAUUGCCUUGCAUACUUUUGGUGUUUGAAGAACUAAUCUGUCUUCCAAAAUGAAUAGGGGACGUGUAAGGUGGGAUGAGGCUAAUAUUGGAGAAAUUGAGGCAAACAAACCUGUGAGGCAGAAAAUUACUGAGCCUAAGACUCCAUAUCAUCCUAUGAUUGAUGAUGACAGUUCUCUAUCCCCUGUACGUGGAAGUUUUGAUGCAUGUAUUGACGAUGGAAAUCACACAACGCAAGCUGAAGCAAUAUGGAAUGCUCUUAAUGAUGUAGCCUCCAGUAGCAGAAGAGGCACUGGACAAUCUGGUGGUUGGACAUCAUCUGAAGAUGAGCCAGAAGCAAUGGAGCAAGAUGAUGAUGAUUCUGAAACAGAUAGGAGUUUAAGUUUUAAAGAGCACAGAAAGGCCCACUAUGAUGAAUUUCUUAAAGUGAAAGAGAUGCGACAGAAGGGUUCUCCUAUUGAGGAUGAAAGUGACGAGGAUAAUAAUUCUGAACCUUGUAAGGCGGAGAAAUGUGAAUCAUCUUCGCUGAGUGAUGGUGUAAAAGAGAUGGACAUUGAGGGGAAGAAGUCUUCAAGGCCAGCUAAUGGUUCUACGACAGUGAUCAACAAAUAAAACCCACCGUCUUUUCAGUGGUUUUUUGUGGAUUGAGAAAAACUAGAUAAUUCACUGUAUUCUUGUAUCAUUUGUAUGUAAAUAUUUUCUUUCUCCACACCAUGUUUAUUAUGACCCCGUUUACACAUUUGUACUCGCAAUUUGGUUUGUGUUUAGCAUUUUCGAGGAAUUUGCUCGUGUCUUUCAUAAGAAUUUAAGGUUGAAUGCUUAAAGAGUGGAUGUAUACCAACUGGGACUAUAUUUUAUUUUUUUCCUUGUGAUUUUUGUGUGAUUUGUGUGUUAGGACUGAUCA